AUGGCGACGACGCUGAGGCGCAUCGAACAGAUAUCCGAGCCCGUUUUGCAACUCACACGAGCGAUGACUGACUUCGAGAAGAAGCGAGAGGAUGCCAUGAAAGUCGAGCGCAUUCCACAUGGACUCAUCACGCCUAAACGCGAAGAGAUGUGGUAUGCCUUCAAGGCCGGUGGGUGGCUCGCGAUCUGUCAGUGGAUGGAUGAAUAUGGCCGGCGGCAAUCGAGGAGCGGCGACACUGCAUACAAAUACUUCGACGAUGAUCUGCAGCGCACAAACCAAUUGUUACCGUUCAUCCUCUCCGAGAUCUACCAUACAGUCAUAGAAGCUCUCAUCCUCGGCACCCUUCCGCAGCUGGAGCUGAAAGACGUAGACGCGUGGUCGACAACGAAGAAUAUGCGAACGGAAGUCGGCAUCUAUAUCAACUGUUUCGGUUAUACUGGUUACACCGACCGACCCAAUGAUCAACGCUCCAGUCCUGGUCUGUACGCAGAGGACGAACGUGGCAAAGGUUUCUCUGUUGAUGAUUAUGAGUCGCUUCGCAAGAUCACGAAACAGUACAUCGACCGAAACGAUGUCGCAUAUCGCAUCGAUAGCAAUCCGGGACCCAAGAAAACAGUCCAACUCGGAGAUCCGAAGCGAUUCGCCCACAACGCCUCGCAGAUUGACCGCAUCAACGAGUGGCGCUCCUUCAUCAAGAAGAACAUCAUCGAUAGCCCGCCUUACACCGACAAGUCGAAGAAGCUCGAUCUGUGUCCAAAUUAUGUCGGUUAUGGAAAGUGGGCCGGCCUUCGGGUUCUUGAGCACUUGGAAAACUUGAGUACUUCAGCACUCUGGGGUCUGAUGAACGGCUUGUUGCGAGACUACCACAAAGAGAAAUGGAAGGCGUACCAGAACUUCCUCCUUCCGAUCUGUGGGCGAGAGUAUGCAAACUUGGCGGAAGCGAGCUCUUCGAUAUUGGCCGGUAGCUAUCACGAUGAGGGAGGUCUCAAUCCAACUCGCGCAGGCGCUACUCCAAGUAUGACAAAACCGGCAGACAUUCAAGCCUACGAGGAGAGCUGUGGACGAAACAUCGAGCACCUUCUCAAGACCGGCGGCCGAAGCAGCAAUCCACCCGGUGGCAGCUUGCUAGUGCGAUCUGCGAAGCGAGAAGUGGAGAGAGUGACCAGAGUCCUCGAGGACUACGUUGACAACCUGCGAGAUCCGAUCAUGGACCUCAUGGAGCAAACGCAGCGGGAUGCGGAGGAUUUGGAAGAUCAGUGGGAAGACCUGCAGAUCAUCGAAGAGAAUCUCAGUACGCUGCUGAUGAAGGAUCGACUUAGCCAGCUAAUCGACGCGUUUGAGAACGGCACCGAAAUCGAAAGCAAUGAACCAGAAGAGAAGAAUGAUCUGCUGAAGAAAUACGUUGCCAACAAGCAGGAUCCGCAGAAGAAGGAAAGCUUGGAACUCAAGGCGGAGACGAAGAAGAACGCCGAUGCUUUGCUGGAGAAGUGGACGGAUCUGCAGAAGACUGAGGAAUAUCUCCGCAGGCUGUUGCUGAGGGAUCGACUUGCUGAGCUGAUGGGAAAAUUCAAAGCCGGCAAAGAUGGAGGCGAGAUCCAGGUUCCACGGACACCUUGA